AACAAUUUUUGGCGGUGUUGCCAAAUCUGAAAAAAGCACUGAGAAAUAGGGAAGAAAGAAAUAAAUACCCUUUUAAAUAGGCCAGUCUAAGAAGGGCAAAAAUCUCCGCGAGGUUGAAUCGGAUUUUUGCACUUACCGCAGACAGCCAAAUUAUACGUGUGUAAAAAAUAUAUUUAGUAUAUCAAAUAGUAACAAUCAAAUAGUAACAAUCGAAUAGUAACAACAUGGAAGAAUUCAUAAAAGAUUUGCGAGAAAAAUUGGACAGAAUGGAAACAAGGGAUACGAGGAUAGAGCAAAAAUUGGAUGGAAUCCAAAAAGAGCUUAAAGAAUUAAGAAAUCAAAACCAGGAGCUGAAAAGAGAAAAUAUGUUACUAAAGCAAGAAAUGAGUGAAAUAAGAGCAGAAAAUAAACAAAUGAAAGCUGAAAUUAAAGAAGUGCGAGAAGCAAUGGAAACGCUAAGCAAACUAAAAUUUAAGGAGGCAGUGCCAAAAAGACUAAGCGACCUAGAGGAUAGAACGGAAAGAGAGGAGAAAAAGAAAAUUGAGAAAAACGUAAUAGUCAGGGGAAUUAAAAUAGGAGAAGAAAAUGUAAAAGAAGAUCUAGAAAAUUUACUAAAAAUAAAACUCAACGUUGAAGCUAAAAUAGAACAAACAGAGAUAAUUAGACCAAGAAAUUCACAGCCGUUCAUAAUAGCAAAAUUGGAAAAUAUACAAGAUAAAAAGAAAAUAAUGGAACAAAAGAAAAUCCUCAAAGGUACAAAAAUAUUUAUCGACGAACAAAGAACCUAUGAAGAACGAAGAAUACACAGGCAAGUAAAGAAAAGAGCAGAGGUGGAAAAGGAAGCAGGGAAGAAAGUGAAGAUGGGCUUCAAAAAAUUAUGGAUAGACGAUCAACUUUGGGAAUGGAAUAACAUAAUAAAAGACUUAAAGCUGAAGUGUACUGGAAACAACAGAGAAAAUCCAAAAAACUGAAAGA